CCACAGCGAGUCACCAACGACCACUCCACUCCACAUCCAAAAUGGCUUUCGAAGGGGAGGUCUCCAGGCUGGCUGCUCGCAUAGCGGCCAGCUCGCCGGCGCGGGUGAGGAUGGCGGUGGGGACACUGGCACGCAGCAGCGCCGCCCGCGCCGCCGCAGAUGCCCUGGUCUAUCUCUUCGUUGGCACCAUCUGCGUCCUCUCCGCCGCAACAUUCCUCUGCGCCGUCGCAUUCCGCGCCUGCGGCCGGAACUGCAGCGUUGCCGCCGCGAUCUUGUUUUAUUCUGGUAUGCUCUCCCUGCUACUCAUGGUGCCAGCGAUGGUACUCUUCUUCCUGCGCGCAGCCGGCAGCGAGGUCAAGUAUGAUGUUGUGGAGGACCGCCUCCGUCCGUGGCCGCUGGACCGGACGGCUGUAGCGAUCUGGAGGUUCUUCGUCGUGGCGACGUCGGUGGAAUUCAUCGGGCUGGUUCUCCAAAUCUGUGGAUUUCCAAAGGUUUCUUACCUUCUGCGCGCUGCGGCUCUGCUGUGCAUGCUCCUAGUCAUCGCCCUCUUCUGCAUCCGUGCUGCUGUGGCGCUGUGGAGGAUGAAUCCUCGACAGUCGGCUGCAGUUGCUGCAUCCGUGCUGCUGUGGCGCUGUGGAGGAUGAAUCCUCGACAGUCGGCUGCAGUUGCUGCUGUUGUGUUUGUGUACAUGGUGUAGUGUGUGUGUACGGAGUAGUAAUCUAUCUAGUGUAGUUGCCUCACCUUCAGUGCUUCUUAGUUCAGUGCUGCCUAUAUGACUUGACGUAUGCUCUGAUGAAUUUCAGUAUAUAUAUGUAAUCAGGUCCCUCAUUUCACUACCUAUAUGACUUGACGUACGCUCUGAUGAAGAGCUUCCAUUCUAUGUAAUCGCUUA